AUGCCUAUGCACAUCAAUUCUGUUGUCAAAUUGCAUUUCAUCCCUGGAAAUGAAAUGGGUUCAGAAAGUCAAAUGGGGAAGGAAAUGAGCGCCUAUGGCCAAACACUGUUUGUUCGACAACCCUAUCUUAUCCAAGGUUUUCCCCAAACUAAACGAAUCACAACUAUUGACCACAAAAUCAAGAAGAUUGCGAUCUGUGGCCGAGACCGUCUUGCUUCAUUGGCAAGGUCCAAACUGGCCACCAUUCUCCAUGAGGAGGUGCUUCUGAUGGAUCUUCUUAAAGAUUUGGAGAGUGACAGGGGAUUCACAACUCCUUUCCUUCAAUCCCAGUGGGAAGAGCAAAAGACUAGGACUUUGCAGCUCUCUGAGCAAACUUACAAUGACCAAGCUGGAAUGAAAAAGUUCACGAGACUUCUCAAAGCUGAAUGGUCAGCGCAAGCACAUUUGGAAGCAUUGGAUGCUGUAAAGAAGGAGUUGGACCGAAUCAGCUUGGCAUGA